AUGUACGCAGACUCCUUCGCGCACCCUGACCAAUUUGUUAAGAUAGUAGACCAGCCGACGCCUCGCGAGCGCAUGAUACAAGUAGUGCGUUGGUACCUGAGCUCAUACCACGCCGGCCGCAAGUCCCAGGUCGCUAAGAAACCAUACAAUCCCAUACUGGGAGAGCAAGAAGUGGGUGACGGGCCAGUACCGUGGUGUUCUCCAGACCAGCUAUCCUUCGUAGCAGAGCAAGUAUCCCACCACCCGCCAAUAUCAGCGUUCUACGCGGAGCAUGUGAACAAACGUAUACAGUUCGAGGCCUGGGUGUGGACUAAGAGCAAAUUCCUCGGCCUCUCCAUCGGAGUACAUAAUAUUGUCCCCUGGAUAGAGCUGGGUGGCUCAGUGGUCAUAGAAUGCGUCCAAACUGGCCACAAAGCCAAUAUCGAGUUCUUGACCAAGCCAUUCUACGGCGGCAAGAAGCAUCGAGUGACGUGUGAAGUAUUCGCUGGAGCCGACAAGAAACCCUACUAUACUGCACAAGGAGAAUGGAAUUCCAGAAUGGAUGGCAGAUGGACUGACUCUGGUCGUUCAGAAGUCCUAUUCGAAGUGAGUAGUAUGAAGGCGCGGCGCAAGCGCGUGGCGCCAGUGUCGCGGCAACAAGGCCACGAGUCGCGGCGCGUGUGGCGCCACGUGACGUGCGCGCUGCGCGGCGCCGACUGCGACGCCGCCACGGCCGCCAAGCGCGCCGUCGAGCAGGCGCAGCGGGACGCCGUCAAGGCCAGGGACGCCAACGGGGAGAAGUGGAACACGCUGCUGUUCAGUCCGAAGGGCGACGACGGUUGGGAGUAUAUGACGCCGCUGUCCAAACGUGUUCCCUCCGCUAAGACGACGCCACAACACAAAAACGGUGAAACGGCAGAGAACACUAGAUAA